AUGGCCAUCAAGUCCUUCCUCAUCGCCGCCCUGGCUACCCUGGCCAUCGCCAACCCCAUCCCCGAGCCAGAGGCUCACGCGCUCGUUGCCCGCCAGGGCCUCAACUCCGAUGACAUCGAGAAGGGCAUCUGUCGCCCUGUGACUCUGAUUUUCGCUCGCGGGUCGACCGAAUCAGGUAACAUGGGACUGGUCAUCGGAGCCCCGACCUGCACUGCCUUGAAGGCGAAGCUGGGCGCCGACAAGGUCGCUUGCCAGGGCGUUGGCGGAGACUACACUGCGGGCCUGCUCCCCAACUUCCUGUCCGAGAACACAGACCCCAAGUCCAUUGCGGAGGCCACCAAGAUGUUCACCAUGGCCAAGGAGAAGUGCCCCGACACGCAGAUCGUGGCCGGUGGAUACAGCCAAGGAUCCGCCGUCAUCGACAACUCGGUCAAAGCCCUCGACGACGACCUCAAGGCCCAAGUCAAGGGCGUGACGCUCUUCGGCUUCACCCGUAACGUCAAGGACAAGGGCACCAUCCCCAACUACCCCAAGGAUCAGGUCAAGGUGUUCUGCGCCGUGGGCGACAUGGUUUGCGUGGGCACGCUUAUCAUCACCCCCGCGCAUAUGACCUACGGUGUCAAUGCGAAGGAGGCUGCUGAGUUCCUGGCUGGUACCGUCAGCCUCUGA